GCCCGGCAUGCACCGCGGCACCGCCGAGCAAAUCCCAACCAGCGCAGCUGAAUAGCGGAAGUGCUGCUGUGUGUGUGUGUGUGUGUUUUCUACCACGGGGGGGGUUCUAACAGAAAGCCGCAUGUGUUCUAGUUGUGUUGUGGCGGCAGGCUUGACGCGACCAUUUGCCUUGUGUGCUGAAACGUGGCUGUAGGACCGGUUCGUGGAGCGCACGGAGAUGACGGCCCAGGAAGUGCGGCUGUGUGGUCUCCUGCUUCGGGAGCAUUUCGGAGAAGUUGUGGAGAAAGUGGGAACACACCUUCUCAGAGGUGGAGCACAGAACUUAAGGAUCAUCAUUCAUGAGACUGGCGUCCCUCUGGACCUGGUAAAGAAGUCCUUGUGUGUGCUCGUGCAGCAUGGAGCCUGUGUGUUCAGCUCGGGCCGCAAAGGAGCAGGAAGCCCCACGGAGUAUCGGACCAGCUGCGAUCGGAUUCUGAGAAUCCUGAGAUACCCGCGUUACAUCUACACCACCAAAACCCUGUACGGUGACACCGGAGAGCUAAUCAUAGAGGAGCUACUACAGCGAGGUCACAUGACCAUGAGCAGCACGGUUAAGACAGUCGCUGACCGCCUCACGCAGAACAUGGAGGAGGGUCUCUGCAUGGAUUACGGUGAAGUGUCUAAUGCCUUCUCCAAACUGGUGGAGACCCAUUUUCUUCAGCGCUGCCCCCCGAUGGUGGCGGCAGGAGCCGCAGCCAGUGCCGCUCCAGCCACCCCUGCAACCCCUGGUACUCCGGCUGCCCCUGUCAGCACUGCUCCGCCCUCACCAGAGAGCUUCCCCGACUGUUACAAGGUGCCACACAUGACACUUGUAGGACGAGGAAAACGACAACUCUGCAGUGAGGAUGGAGAGGACCAAAGGAAUGCGAAAAGGGCUAAAAUGGAUUCGCAGGCUCAUGGUGAUGAGGGGAUUUGCUGGCAGGUGAAUUUUGAGAGGUUCCAUCUCCACUUCAGAGACCAGGCCAUCAUCAGUGCUGUAGCCAACAAAUUGGAUCAGACGAGCAGUGAGAUAGUGAGGACUAUGCUGAGGAUGAGCGAGGUGACGACCUCGCCCACAGCCACCUGUACGAAGCCUCUCUCAGCCAAUGAGAUCUUUAGGUCCCUCCCACCCAGCUACAACAUAGCCAGACCCAUCGUAGACCAAUACCUCACGCUACUGGUCGAUGACCCGAUGGAGUUUGUGGGAAAGGCUGGGGAAAGUGGAGGAGGGAUGUACGUUGUCAAUCUGCACAGAGCGCUGGCCAAUCUGGCUCGAGCCACGCUUGAGUCUGUUGUGCAGGAGAGAUUUGGCUCCCGAUCGGCUCGCAUUUUCCGUCUGUUGCUAAGGAAACGUCACCUGGAGCAGAAGCAGGUGGAGGAUUUUGCUAUGAUUCCAGCAAAAGAGGCCAAAGACAUGCUUUACACGCUGCUGGCACAGAACCUGGUCCAGCUACAGGAAAUCCCAAAGACUCCGGACUUUGCUCCCUCUCGUACUUUCUAUCUUUACACCGUCAACCAGCUCCCCACUGCAAGAAUGCUGCUUCAGAACUGCUACAAGACAGUCGCCAACCUCAUAGAGCGACGGCUGUUUGAGUCCAGAGAGAACAAGCGUCUGCUGGAGAAAUCCCAGCGAAUUGAGGCCAUUUUGGCAUCUCUGCAGGCCAGUGGGGCCGAGCCCGAGCAGCUGACGGAGGUCGAGGAGAUGAUCACUGCUACUGAAAAGCAACAGCUGGAGGCCUUACGGCUUCAUAUCAACAAGUUGGAUUCAGCAGAGAACCAAGUAGAUGAAAGCAUCUUUCUUUUAGAGUCCUACAUCAACUCCACUGCUUCCACAAGUUGAGGGCAUUGAUUUUGUUUAGUGUAUGAAUGCUGUCACGUAUGUCUGUUUUAUAGUUUAUAUGGUUGGUUUGAUCCAGUUUUCAGUGCAGUAAAAUCUGAAUAGAGUGAUGCCUUGUUUUUAUUGCACUCUUCAGCAAAUUAAUAAAUUGAGCACGAGAAUAA